AAUUUCACCACGUAGUUUCUGCUCUACAACAGGAGGAACUGGCGAUUAUCAGCGAUAUUGUUAUCAGUCCACCUGUGGAUGAGCCUUUCACUGCACUUAAAAAAUAUCGUGCGCUCAAUAUGCUGAAUCUGAAGCUCAACGCUUAAGGGAUUUGAUUUCGGGGAUGCAACUUGGUGACCGCCGUCCUUCAAGACUGCUUCUGGAAAUGCGGAAUAAAGCCGGCGCGAGAAUUAACGAAUUUUUGCAGAGGUUGCCUACUAAUGUUCAACAGAUUUUGGCGAUUUCCAACGAUAACCUGGACAAGCUGGCGGAGAUGGCGGAUGGUAUUAUGGCUACGACAACUAACGCACAGACAGUCAGCGUAGUUGCUGGUUUGACGGAUCAGACGGAUUUAUGGUCGUUAUUGACAGAGAUCACAGCUCGUCUCUCACGGUUGGAAUAUUGCUGGUAUCAUAAAAUAUUCAAACAACGAGCGACAAAAUGCCGACCUCCAUGUUCGUUCCAACCGGAAAACAGCUGA